AUGUCAAGUAGUAGCACAGUAACUGAGACUCAUCUCGACCAGUUCGAUGAAAUGCUUGAAAACACUCUUGCAUUCGAACAAAACGUAGGCUCGUCUACCGGCACCAUAUCAAGGAGGAUGAGUGUAAGACAGGAUGGGCCCUUAAACGAAACCUUAGCUCCUCUUCUGAAUAAUACGAACUCAAUAAUCCAAAAUGUACCAGAGUCGUUACCAACUACUCCAGGAUAUGAGAUAGAUGAUAAGAUGUUCGCUAAGGGAUUCUCACUUCACCAACCACAGGUAGACAACUUCCCAACACAACGCCCAGGAUUCACUAGAUCAGAAUCCAGACCAAUUUUAGAGAGAUGGAGGAGUAUUAAUGAUGUGUUCAGCAAGCUUAUACCAAAGAAAAUACAAGAAGAGGAAGAAGUUAAUACUUCCUCAACGAACGUUGAAGAACAUUCUCCUGUUACAGAUGCCACUGAAGAAAUGACAUUUCGCAACCCACCAAAGAAUCUUUGGAGGUUCAUAAGUUGCUGCAUUUGGUGUUUCAAUGUGGGUCUUUCGGAUGGUGCACCCGGUGCAUUGUUGCCCUAUAUGGAGGAGUACUACAACAUUUCCUAUUCAGUAGUGUCUCUUAUCUGGAUGUCUACAGCUGUUGGAUUCAUUGUGGUUGCCUUACUUGCCCAUAAGAUUGAGCCAUAUCUUAAUAAAGAGUUAUCCUUGGGCGUGGGUAGUUGUUCAUUGAUGAUCCUGUACAUUUUCAUCCUGACUGGCAGUAAAUUUCCACUAAUUGUCGUCGGCUUUUUCUUCUGUGGGGUAGGUGUGGCAAUAAACAUUUCCCAGAUGAACAUUUUUCUCAGUAGAUUGGAAAAAGCUUCCACAGCAUUAGGUUUGUUUCAUGGUAGUUAUGGAUUGGGAGCAACUUUAGCACCAUUGAUUGCCACUCAGUUCGUAAACCUGGGAAUUAAGUGGCACAUGUACUACAUCAUGUUAGUAGGACUUAUGUUUUUCAAUGCUACCAAUAUAUUUCUAGCAUUUAAAGGAGCUAAUGCUGACUUGGCACCUUGGGAUAAUAAAGAGGACCUGAAACCUGAAGACAUGGAAACACCUCUCAAUGAAGCGAUGAAGCAAGAAGAAAAUAUGAUCGGAUUGAGAGAUCUCACAAGAGAAGGUGGUCAGGUUGAUUUAAGGCCUAACUCUCCGGAACGCUCAGAUUCAACUGAGAAGGCUAUUCCAGAUCCUGCUCAGGCUCCUGUUUUCCCCAAGGGGAACAUGUCUUUAGCUCUCCACAACCGUGUUACUUGGUUGUUGUCUUUAUUUGUUUUAUUUUAUCAAGGAGCUGAAGUGUCCAUGGGAGGUUGGGUCGUCACUUUCUUACUUACAUAUCGUAAUGACACUAGUUCUAGUGUUGGUUACGUUGCUUCUGGUUAUUGGUUCGGAUUAACGUUGGGAAGACUCUUUCUUACUAGGCUUUUCCAUAAGUACUUGGGGGCUCGUAGGGCCAUCAUAAUUCUGGCCGUACUCUCAAUUGUCUUCAUUGCUUUGACUUGGUUAGUACCAAAUGUCAUAGCAGCUGGUGUCUUCGUAUCACUUGCUGGUGUAUUUGUUGGACCCACCUACCCUUUGAUGAUUACAAUUGCUGCAAAAGUCCUUCCAAGAAAAAUUCAAGUUGUAUCAUUAACAAUUAUGACUGCAUUUGGCUCAUCUGGAGGCGCCCUCUUCCCAUUCUUGGUCGGUUUAAUCUCCCAAUUUACGGGAACUUUCGUUGUUCACCCCAUAUUCAUCGCUCUUUACCUGUUAAUGUUAUUUGUUUGGGUAUGUUUGCCAAAUAUUGAAAGAAAAACGCCUCACAUGAAUAUUUUCCAAAGAUUUUGGUGA